AUGUUUAGUAUUGAGAACGCUGGGAAAGUGCAGGCUUUGAAGAAUGCUCAACUACACGAUCGGAAUGACGAGAAUAUGAACAACCACUACCCGCAAGUGCAGUCUGCCACGGGUAAAUAUCCUGGAACCCAUGCGGUACCGGAUUCUGUCCCUUUGAAGGCGAAUUCUGCGCCUAACUAUGGGGAUCCAGCCUUCUCGUCAUACAAUAGUGAUAAAAAUUUUGAACCCGUUCAAAGCACGCCAACAAGGGACCAACGUCCAUCAUACACAAACCGUACAGGAUCACUGGGCAACCACCUGCACGCAGAACAUGGACCAGGCUCGACGUGCGCGACCGAUGAUAUCAGUUCGGUUGAUCCUGGGAUGAAGACGAAACUGGACGAGCUCAUGGCAAGGAUGAACGCUUCAAUGAAUUUGCUUAAGGAAGAUAAGAACAUCCUUCAAAAGUCAUUGGAGGAACGCGAGAGGGAGAUAGCUGAAUAUAAGACGUUGCUAUGUGAAAGGGAUAAGGAACUAGAUUCCUUGAAGCAACAAAUAACGGAAAACGAGCAAACUGCUCUUGAAUCGAAGAAUAAGGCGGUUAGGGAAAUGGAACUGGCAUAUAUGGAAAAGAACGUCUUAGUGCAAUCCAAACUGGAUAUGGCUGAAAUGAAUUUAAAACAGUCUCAAGAGAACAAUAUAAAACUGGAGACUGAGCUGAACGAAGCUCGCAGUGAAAUACGAACCAAAAACGAAAAAAUUUCAAAGAGCAACGCCCGAAUGAAGAUUUUGGAUUACAUUGAAGGCGUUACUCUCUUUGAUUGCAAAGUUGGCAACAUAAUAUUGAAGUCGUACAACUCGCAACGUCCAAAGAUCGAUUCUUUCUUCACGGAGGAAUACCCUAAAGUGCAUCGGUUCUUUACGGAUGCCGAUCAGAUAGCAAUAUAUGAUUUUACUGCCAAGUUAGAGAGUUUCCACAGACUUAAUGAAAACAUCCAGAGGACAAUAACUGAACGAUUUGACUCACUGUCUGAACAUUUUGACAAGAACGUUACUGUACCGCCAGAGGACCUCCACAAGAUGAACGAGGAGAUAAUUGACAAAAUAGACGACAAGCUGAGGAAAUACGAGAACCUCUUCGACACAGAGACUGGCCUACAGAGGGAAAUUUCCGACUUAAAAAUUGCAAACCACGACCUGACGCAUCAAUUAAACAGAGUGGUUGGUGACGCUGCAAACAAGAUACGAUACGCUUCUUUGAAACACGUACAUAUGACCAAAGAGAAGUACGACGAACUUGCUAUCGAUUCCGUGGAACAGUACACCCUGACCGAGCUACAAAAUAUCGUCAAGAGGGCGUCACUAGAGCUGGAGGUCCCUCCAAGCACACUAUUGGUGAACCUCCCUAGAUUGAAUGUCGCUAUCGAGCAACAAGUUAUACUCAUGAAAUUUGCCUACUGGACACUCCAAGUUUUCGCAAACCAGGAAUUGGAUGUGCUCUCGUUCACAGAGAGGGCCGUUGAAGUGUACGAAACUACGGGGUGCAUGACAGACGCGCUUAGACCCUUGGAGCAAACAAUGCAGGGGUUGCGGACCCUGUUGGCCUUGUCCUUGGAGGACAAUGGAGAAUGUGAUAGCGAGUAA